AACAAACAAGCUAAUUGUGUUUUCAAGAGAGCUUAUAUAGCUAGCUAGCUCUUGGUUCUUCCAUUAAGCUAGAGCUAUAUCUACUACUUGUUUGUUACCUUAUUUGUCAGCAGCCAUGGUUUCGGCCGACAUGAUCCGCACCUGCGUUGGGAUUCUAGGAAAUGUGAUUGCUCUGUGCUUGUUCUUAUCACCAGUCCCAACUUUUUAUAGGAUAGUGAAGAAGGGUUCGGUGGAGCAAUUCUCGGCCGUUCCGUACUUGGCCACUCUCUUCAACUGCAUGUUCUGGGUCGUGUACGGCCUCCCCUUUGUGCACCCACAUAGCACUUUGGUGCUGACCAUUAACGGGUCGGGUAUGGUUAUCGAGCUCGCCUACGUGCUCCUCUUCAUAAUUUACUCUCAGGGCUCCAAUCGGAUCCGGGUGCUGGUUAUGCUAGCUGCUGAGAUCGCUUUCGUGGCCAUCGUUGCCGUGCUGGUUGUCACGUUCACUCACACGGUGAUGAUGAGGUCGAUGAUCAUUGGAAUCUUGUGUGUUUUCUUCGGUACCCUGAUGUAUGCUGCUCCCUUGGCCGUUAUGAAAUUGGUGAUCCAAACAAAAAGCGUGGAGUUCAUGCCACUUUUCCUCUCGCUUGCCUCUUUCUUCAACGGCCUUUGCUGGACUACCUAUGCCCUCAUCCGUUUUGAUCUCUACAUUACAAUUCCAAAUGGGCUUGGGGUGCUCUUUGCAAUGGCUCAACUUGUGUUGCACCUUAUAUACUACAAAUCAACCAAAGAACAAAUUGAAGCUCGCAAGAGAAAGGCUGAGACUGGCCUCUCUGAAGUUGUCAUCUUCGGAGAAGCCAACAAGGUCAGCAACGCACCGGCGCAAGUUAACGGCCACCGGUCGGAGGCCUAAUCAGUUUCCGGCAUGAUCGUCGGCCGAUUACUGUUUUAGAUUUACUUUAGUAGGUAGUUUCCAUGGCUUCUUAAGCUAUGAGGGGUUCUAGUGACCAAGGUGCACUUAAGCUUAGAGAUAAAAAGGCUCUGGUUAAAAGAUCAGAUUGCCUCCUCCUCCUCCUCCUCUGUUUACCAGUCUUUAAUCAUGAAGAAAAGACUAUGGAAUUUUAUCUUUUCGAGUGUUAUUAUGUUGGUGGGAACCACAAUAUCAAGCUUUAUGUUUGUAAUUAAUGCGAUGCUUUUUCAAUGCAACGGAUGAUGAGAAUAUUCAGUGUUUACAGAAUAA